CAAUCACAUGGCGCAGGCAAAGGAGAGUCACAGUGCGCAUGUCGUUGUCGCCGACAGGGUUGAAAGAGCAGGUAGGUCCUCCAGGUUUCGCUCCUCUGUCGUUUCUGAGACGAGCGGUGUUUGUUCCCGGAGAUGAACAGUGUGGGGGAGGCCUGUACCGAGCUGAAGCGGGAGUACGACACCUGCUUCAACCGCUGGUUUGCCGAGAAGUUCCUGAAGGGCGACCGGAGCGGCGACCCGUGCACGGAGAGCUUCCGGAAGUACCAGCGCUGCGUGCAGGCGGCCAUCAAGGAGAAGGAGAUCCCCAUCGACGGCGUGGACUUCAUGGGGCCCAACAAGGACAAGCCUGAGAGCUGAUGGAGGACUGCUGGGGAAAUCCUAAAAAUGUACACCACACUGAGCGGGGUCCACGAGGCCCACCGAGCAUGCGCAGGAGCGGACAAGCUGCUGUCGCUGGGGUUAGAGGGUGAAGCGGCCCCUGAAAGGACCGUCUCCUUAAAUAUAAGCUUUUCUUUUACUGCACAGCUCUGUUCGGACUUCCUUUCUCACCAGAGACACUUACAGCCCGGUUCUCCUCCAGAGGGCCGAUGGAGCAGCUGUCAGCCAUGAAACUGAGCUAAAACUGUCUGAAUCCAAUUACUAACCAGCUAAAGCUCCUCCAUGACGGCCUGUGUGCGCGUUAUGAAGCAGUGGCAGCCUGUAACCAUGCAUUUACACAGCUAAAAUAAGAUGUGAUGCUGAAAACUCUUCUGACUAAUGUCAUGUGUGCAAAACUCAAUCUUGCAUUGUACAAAUGAAUUAAAGGGAGCUCGGUGUUGGAGCAGGACUCUU